AUGGCGAAAGAAAUCACUGAACAAAUCCGGCAGUUACAAGAGACCAUCUCUCGAUUGAAUAUUCAUCAAUCGGAUGAUACUCCUCAAAUAACCAAGCAGUAUGGUUAUAUUAGAUUUGAUCAUAACGAACUUGAUUCCACUAUUCGUCUCUCGCAAUACAUCCGGCUAGCAUUACACACGGAUGCAACAAAAGUCGUUGAAUUGAUGCAAAAGGGCUGGCGACUACCAACACCGAAUCUAAUUAUAUCAGUAACAGGUGGAGGAAGACAAUGUCAUAUAUCUACACAUCUUCGAAAAACUUUUCAACGUGGCCUGGUCGCUGCUGCUGCGACUACAAAUGCGUGGCUAAUUACAUCAGGCACUAACGUUGGUGUUGUGAAGGAAGUUGGUGAAGCAAUUAGCAACUAUCGUUAUAGAAAUCGUAAACAUGGCCUUGAUGUACCAUGUAUUGGUAUCUGUACAUGGGAAUAUACUUCUGGAAGUGAACAACUCAGUAGUCCAAUAAGAUUAUGCGAGUGGAAUGAUGAUUCAAGUAGUUUAGCGAAACAAAGACGUCGAUCACGGGCAGAUUCUAUGCAAAUGGAAGUGGUUGAACAUAAAUAUGUCCGUUCGUAUGCGGCUGACCGAUCAGAUUCGAAACGAUGUGAUUUAGAACCAAAUCAUACGCAUUUCCUUCUCUUCGAUGGUGAAUCCACUAAUAACGAUUCUGUUCUUCUACAACGUGCUCAUAUCGAACAAUGUUCACGACAAUUAGAUAUCCAAACAUCGAUUGCAAAUAUAUUGAUUCCUAUUGUCAUGAUCUUAGUCGAAGGUGGUUCUUUUUCAGUUCGUACUGUUUGUCAUGCGCUAAGAUCCAACACUCCCUUGGUAGUUGUUAAAGGUUCGGGAAGAGCGGCUGAUCUUGUGAGUGAUCUACAUGACUUUUUCUCUCAAUUCGAAACAAAUAAGAGGAAGUUUUUCCUACCGUCUUGGAAAGAAGCAGAACUCAAGACUAUAAUCGACAAACAUCGCGGUGUGAAUAAUACGUGGAUCGACCACAUAAAAGAUAAUUUAUGUGAUGUUUUGUAUCACCGAAAGCAUCUCGUAGUUAUUUUUGAAUUCGAUAGUCAACGUCACCAUGGUAAUUUAGAAGAUGCGAUUCUUGAAGCACUCUUCAAUGCAACGAAAUUUACCAAUGAUAAUACAAAUGAGCAACAAUGUCGCGUAGCAGAAUUGAAAUUAGCGAUGGCAUGGCAAAAGUUCGAUUAUGCGCAAAAAUAUAUUCUUACAGAUGCUACCGUCACAAAAUGGACUGACAAUGAUCUUUGUCAAGUUCUUAUCGAUGCGCUUCGUCGAGAUUCUCUCGAUUUUGUUGAAUUACUAAUGGAUUACGGAACGUCGUUGGGAAAAUUAACGCUGAAUGAUCUGGAACAACUCUAUGCGCUUCACGACAAUGACGGUGGUUUACCGUUGGACAAAAAAGUAAAAAGAGAAUUAUGGAUCCGAAAUAAUUACUAUAGAUGUUACUUUCCUGAACAUGCUGACGUUUAUAUUAUUCGGAAUAAAGCCAAUCUAAAUAAGAAUACUCCAUUGGGACAAAAUGCAGCUCGUGAACUUUUUCUCUGGGCGAUUUUUCUCGAUCGGUUUCAACUCGCAAAGUAUCUCUGUUCGAAAACCUGGAAUCAGACGGUCGCGACGUUGAUUGCUGCACAAAUCUAUCGAUUAGCAGCGACUAUGGCCGUUCACAUGGAGACGAAACAACACUAUGAGAACAAUGCUAGCGAAUUUGAUUCGUGUGCAAUGGGAAUCAUUGAUCGAUGCUUUGAUAAUGAUGAGAACUUCGCAGUUGAAUUGUUGAAACAGUCCGCAGUAAUAUUCAAUAACAUCGAACCGUUGAAGUUAGCUGAACAAGCCAAAUGUCGUACAUUUCUCGCGUCAAGAACGGUACAAAAACAUCUUGAUCACGAAUGGUAUGGCCAUAUCAAUUAUAAACGAUCAUUUAUUCAUUUUCGAAUUCUUCUUUGUUCGUUAUUUUUCCCGUUAUUACCAGUUUUUUCGAUAUUUUUACCGUAUGUUCAUAAGCAUCAACAGAUCAUUCGAAACCAUAAACACCAUUUGAAAGCUCGAAAUCCAAUACAAAUUCAAACGAUAUUCAGAUCCGAUCAUGAUCGAACAGAUGAGUCAAUACUAUGGACACAAAAGAUAGUCUAUUUCUAUCAAGCACCGAUCGUUCGAUUUUGUUACAAUGUUAUAUUCUUCAUAAUCUUCCUUGGCCUUUUCAGCUACGUUCUUCUCAUUGAUUUUCUACCAGUGAAUGUUUACGGAAAAUCCGUAAAACUUCCGUUGCGACCCGCAGAAAUCGUGCUACAUAUUUGUGUAUGGACGUUAAUCAUGGAAGAAUUACGUCAAUAUAUCUUGAUGACUCAUCAAAAAUACUUCUCCGAUAUGUGGAAUAUAAUUGACCUUGUCGCGAUAUUUCUGUAUUUGCUUGCAUUUAUUACUCGAUUUAUUCCUAAUGAAACGUUUUUUACUAUUUCCAAGAUCUCGGUGUGUCUCGAUCUGAUUGUUUGGUUUGUUGGUACUCUGAAACUAUUUGCCGCUUUUGAACGACUUGGUCCAAAACUAGUGAUGAUUUUCAAUACUAUGAAAGAUCUUUUCUUCUUUGUUUGUUUUAUUCUCAUUUUCCUCUGUGCCUUUUCAAUCACAUCCUGGUCAUUGAUAACUUCUGCCUCGCAUAUUCAGUGGACGUAUGGCGACAAUGGACAAUUACACAAUGUCACUCUCGCCAUUGAUCAUCAACAUUCAUGGUCAUGGAAAUUACUGAGAGACAUUGCUAAUUACGGUGUUUGGAAAGUAUUUGGACAAGUGGAUCCUAUUUCGGGAACUGAUCCGUACUCGAACAUGGCAUUUAUUUUGGCUAUUAUAUUUGUUGCUAUUGCAAAUAUUCUUUUGCUCAAUGUGCUCAUCGCUUUAUUCAAUGUGACUAUUCAAAAUGUUCAAGAACAAUCUCACGAUCUGUGGCGUUAUCAACGGUUUUCAAUUGUUAGCGAAUAUUGCAGAAAAACACUGCUACAACCACCGUUCAAUAUUGUUUAUUAUAUCUUCAUGAUCGGUCGAUUUCUUUUUGUUCGUUUACAAGUCUACCGAAAUAGUCGUCGAUUCAUUUCUAGUGAACGACUUCUAGUUGAUAUUAAAACAAUCACUCCUGUUAUCUCACAAUCAUUUAAGAUAAGCGAUUCGCUUCGACGUGAGCGUGCAAUUGCCAAAGAUCAUUGGCAUCACGUAUUCAAAUCGGGUAAAUAUGAACCGAUGAAAGUUAUAUUACAGAAUAUCGAAGAAAAACUUGAUUAUUUCAUACCGAACACCCUCAAUGACAACAUAGCACUCGAAAUCCAGCAUCACCGACGAAAGAGAUCAACGAAUAUCGAAAGUGAUGUCUAA